ACGAGACGUAUCUCCAUUCUUCAGUUUAUAUCAUACUAUUGGCUACUGACAGUCGCAUCUACUUAUACUUUAUCGAAUACUUUUUUCAAUUUAUCUGGACACAAGAAUCAAGUUUUCUUCUGCUAGAAAUCAACGUUGCCAAACAUCUUCAACGUCUAUAAUUUUACCGGGUUAUUUAAAAAUCUGUUCCGGAUGGAUUCCGAAAUCGUUCUUGUUACGGGGGGCCAAGGAUUUCUUGGGCAACACAUUAUUCGUUUGUUGCAGCAAGACGAAAGAGUGGCAGAGAUUCGCGUUCUAGACAAAGAAGUGCUAACUAAUCGCAUUGGUUAUGAGGAGAAAAAGGUUUUAAAGUCGUUCGUGGCUGACAUUACCAAACCAGAAACGAUGAGUCUUGACAUUUUCGACGGCGUACAUUGCGUCAUUCACGCAGCUGCAGAGACUGGAUUUAGUCAUUUCCCAUCCGCCGAAGUAAUGGAGGAAGUCAACGUCAAUGGCACUCGUCACGUCAUCCACAAAUGCAUUGCAGCAAAUGUCGGCUGCCUAGUUUUCACGAGCACGACUCACGUGGUGAUACCAAAAAAAGAUCCUUUGUUCUUGGCUGCCGAGCACUUGGCCAAGUCGCCACCUAAAGAUGGCUAUCUAUUUGGCCACUAUGGACGAACCAAGUACGAAGCAGAGAACCUUGUGAAGGAAGCCAAUGGAAUUGAAUUGUCAGACGGUUCGGGGAAUUUAGCCACGGUUUGUCUUCGCCCAACUCUUCUUUACGGAGAAUUAGACCCUUAUUACGUCACUCAUGCUUUGAAGAUCGCCAAAGAUCACGGCGGAUGCUUGUACAGAAUCGGAUGGGGUGGUGAAAGAAUUCAAGUCACGUACGCUGGAAAUGCCGCCUGGGCUCACAUACUUGCAAAGAAUCAAUUAUUGGAAAACCCAUCGACCGUUGGCGGAGAAGUCAUGUUCAUCACGGACGACACGGUCAUUCAGAACGCCUUUGAAUUUAUUGAUCCAUUUUUGAAGGCUAGAUCGAUGAGGACUUCGUCGAUUGUCUAUCCGGCUACUCUUGCUGUAAUAUUUGUCCUUUUUCUUUAUUUCGUGUCGCGUAUGCUACGACCAUUGGUGCACCUCAAAAACCCCUUUCCGCAUCCGGCGACAUUGUACUUCAUUGUUUGUUUCUACUGCUUCAAUCGGCUCAAGGCUACUCUCCGUCUCGGCUACAAACCUAUUUACAACCCUGAAGAAUCAAUAAGUAAGUCACUUGAAUAUUACAAAAAUGUUCCUCUCUCCUAGGUCCCAUGGUCUUUAUUUGCUGUCAACAAGUUUGCAUAAUUAUAAUAAUUAGACAUUUUAUAAUGUAUAUUAGGAAUAUUAUUCAACCCAAGAAAUAGUAAUAUAUGUGGGAUAGACUA